CGAGCUCAGAAACUGCCAGCGGAGAUCGCGGGCUCCGAGGCUGAGCCGGGAGGAGGGACAGGACUGGAAGGAAGAGAGACAGACGGCUUAGAGGGAGAGAGGCUUGGGAAGGCAGCAGCGGGAAAGAGACUGCUCAUCACACCUACAGAGAGGCAAAGAGGCCGGCGGGAAUGAGGACGGAGAGAGAGGAGACUGGGAAAGCCAAAAAAUACAAAUAGGUCGGAAGAAGAAGAAGAAGAAGAAGAAAAAGGAAAAAAAAAAAAAAUGCCCAGAACAGCCAUCCGGAGAAAUGAAGAGAAUGAAAGUUUCAUGCUGCAGAGCCGUGAGAUGCUUUUCCGGCACAGAAUCCUCUCCCUGCUCUUGAGCCCUUUGGCAUUUGCCCGCCGUUGACAUUAAGAGGCAUGUUCAGCGGUGCCGGCAGCAUCUCCUCUUCCUUCUCCUCUUCAUCCUCCUCCUCCUUCUCCUCCUUCUUUCCCUCCUCCUCCUUCUCCUCCCAUCAGCAGGAAGACAAACCGAGGACAGUCUUGAAAUAUCGAAAUUGCCUCCUUGGGAUUUGCCAGCGUCGCGCUGCGCCAAGACGGUGGGAAUAAAAGGACGCGGACUGUUGUAUUAUUAUUUUAUUAAUCGGUCAGUGGGAAGAUUACAGAUGAGGCAAGGGGACGCCUGCCACUCUUCCUGCGCUAAGAUUGAAAAAUGAGGCUGGACUGGAGGAAGCCCUGACAUGAAGCAAAAAGAAUAAGAUUUUUUUUUUUAAGGACAGAAAAGCCACAGGAUCCCACACACACACACACACACACACACACACACACACGUACACAGAGAGAACACUUUUAUUUGUAUUUAAUUUUUUUUCUUCUCGUGCUGGUGGGGGAGGCGAUUGGCUGGCUGCGGGGAGCUGCUUCCUUUCCCUUUUGGAGAUGGUUGUGCUAUUCCUUUUUGCCUGGCUCUGGAUGGUGCGGGGAGUCCUUUCCCAGCUUCACUACACGGUGCAGGAGGAGCAGGAGCAUGGCACGUUCGUGGGCAACAUCGCGGAAGACCUGGGCCUGGACAUCACCAAACUUUCGGCUCGCAGGUUCCAGACGGUGCCCAACUCCCGGACCCCCUACCUGGACCUCAACCUGGAGACCGGGGUGCUGUACGUGAACGAGAAGAUCGACCGAGAGCAGAUCUGCAAGCAGAGCCCCUCCUGCGUGCUGCACCUGGAGGUGUUCCUGGAGAACCCGCUGGAGCUGUUCCGGGUGGAGAUCGAGGUGCUGGACAUCAACGACAACCCCCCUUCCUUCCCGGAGCCCGACCUCACGGUGGAGAUCUCCGAGAGCGCCACGCCGGGCACCCGCUUCCCCCUGGAGAGCGCCUUCGACCCGGACGUGGGCACCAACUCCCUGCGCGACUACCAGAUCACCCCCAACAGCUACUUCUCCCUGGACGUGCAGACCCAGGGCGAUGGCACCCGCUUCGCCGAGCUGGUGCUGGAGAAGCCGCUGGACCGGGAGCAGCAGGCGGUGCACCGCUACGUGCUGACCGCGGUGGACGGGGGAGGAGGGGGAGGAGAAGGGGGAGAAGGGGGAGGAGGAGGCGGCGGCGCAGGAGGAGGAGGAGGAGGAGGCGGAGGGGGCUUGCCCCCCCAGCAGCAGCGCACCGGCACGGCCCUCCUCACCAUCCGAGUCCUGGACUCCAACGACAACGUGCCCGCCUUCGACCAGCCCGUCUACACCGUGUCCCUGCCCGAGAACUCGCCCCCGGGCACCCUGGUGAUCCAGCUGAACGCCACGGACCCGGACGAGGGCCCGAACGGCGAGGUGGUGUACUCGUUCAGCAGCCACCUGUCGCCGCGGGCGCGGGAGCUGUUCGCGCUGGCGCCGCGCACGGGCCGCCUGGAGGUGAGCGGGGAGCUGGACUACGAGGAGAGCGCGGCGCACCAGGUGUACGUGCAGGCCAAGGACCUGGGCCCCAACGCCGUGCCGGCGCACUGCAAGGUGCUGGUGCGGGUGCUGGACGCCAACGACAACGCGCCCGAGAUCAGCUUCAGCACGGUGAAGGAGGCGGUGAGCGAGGCGGCGGCGCCCGGCACGGUGGUGGCCCUGUUCAGCGUGGCCGACCGCGACUCAGAGCAGAACGGGCAGGUGCAGUGCGAGCUGCUGGGCGACGUGCCCUUCCGCCUCAAGUCGUCCUUCAAGAACUACUACACCAUCGUCACCGAGGCCCCGCUGGACCGCGAGGCCGGAGACUCCUACACCCUCACCGUGGUGGCCCGGGACCACGGCGAGCCUCCGCUCGCCACCAGCAAGUCCAUCCAGGUGCGGGUGUCGGACGUGAACGAUAACGCGCCCCGGUUCGCCCAGCCCGUCUACGACGUGGCCGUGACCGAGAACAACGUGCCGGGCGCCUACAUCUACGCCGUGAGCGCCACGGACCGCGACGAGGGCGCCAACGCGCGGCUCGCCUACGCCAUCCUCGAGUGCCAGAUCCAGGGCAUGAGCGUCUUCACCUACGUGAGCAUCAACGCCGAGAACGGCUACCUCUACGCCCUGCGCUCCUUCGACUACGAGCAGCUCAAGGACUUCAGCUUCCAGGUGGAGGCGCGGGACGCGGGCAGCCCCGAGGCGCUGGCGGGCAACGCCACGGUGCACAUCGUGGUGCUGGACCAGAACGACAACGCGCCCUCCAUCGUGGCGCCCCUGCCCGGCCGCAACGGGACCCCGGCCCGCGAGGCGCUGCCCCGCUCGGCCGAGCCGGGCUACCUGCUCACCCGCGUGGCCGCCGUGGACGCGGACGACGGCGAGAACGCGCGCCUCACCUACAGCCUCGUGCGGGGCAACGAGGCCAACCUGUUCCGCAUGGACUGGCGCACCGGGGAGCUCCGCACGGCGCGCCGCGUGCCGGCCAAGCGCGACCCCCAGCGGCCCUACGAGCUGGUGAUCGAGGUGCGCGACCACGGCCAGCCGCCCCUGUCGUCCACGGCCACGCUGCUGGUGCAGCUGGUGGACGGCGCCGCGGAGCCCCCGGGCGGGGGCGGGGGCGGGCCCGGGGGCCCCGGGGAGCACCAGCGCCCCCCCAACCGCUCCGGCGGCGCUGGAGGAGGAGGAGGAGGAGGCGGCGGGGAGACCUCGCUGGACCUCACCCUCAUCCUCAUCAUAGCCCUGGGCUCCGUGUCCUUCAUCUUCCUGCUGGCCAUGAUCGUGCUGGCCGUGCGCUGCCAGAAGGAGAAGAAGCUCAACAUCUACACGUGCCUGGCCGCCGGCGACUGCUGCCUGUGCUGCUGCUGCUGCUGCGGCGGAGGCGGCGGCGGCGGCGGGCACGGGGGCUCCGCCUGCUGCGGCCGCCAGGCCCGGGCGCGCAAGAAGAAACUCAGCAAAUCGGACAUCAUGCUGGUGCAGAGCUCCAACGUGGCCAGCAACCCCGCGCAGGUGCCCGUGGUGGAGGAGGCCGGGGGCUUCGGCGGCUCCCAUCACCACAACCAGAAUUACUGCUACCAGGUCUGCCUGACCCCGGAGUCCGCCAAGACCGACCUGAUGUUCCUGAAGCCCUGCAGCCCCUCCCGGAGCACGGACACUGAGCACAACCCCUGCGGGGCCAUCGUCACCGGCUACGCCGACCAGCAGCCCGACAUCAUCUCCAACGGGAGCAUUUUGUCCAACGAGACUAAACAUCAGAGAGCAGAGCUCAGCUAUCUAGUUGACAGACCUCGCCGAGUUAACAGUUCUGCAUUCCAGGAAGCCGACAUAGUAAGCUCUAAGGACAGUGGUCAUGGAGACAGUGAACAGGGAGAUAGUGAUCACGAUGCCACCAACCGUGGCCAGUCAGCUGGCAUGGAUCUCUUCUCCAACUGCACCGAGGAGUGCAAAGCCCUGGGCCACUCGGACAGGUGCUGGAUGCCUUCCUUUGUCCCCUCGGAUGGACGCCAGGCUGCCGACUACCGCAGCAACCUGCACGUGCCCGGCAUGGACUCCGUCCCGGACACCGAGGUGUUCGAGGCCCCGGAGGCGCAGCCCGCGGCAGAGCGGUCCUUCUCCACCUUCGGCAAAGAGAAGACCCUGCACAGCACUCUGGAGAGGAAGGAGCUGGACGGACUGCUGUCCAGUACACGAGCGCCUUACAAACCACCGUAUUUGACACGGAAAAGGAUAUGCUAGUCAAUUCUACAGGACUUCCCUGAAGCAGCAUGAUUUGCACAAAGUCGACCAACAAAAGCAUCAACUUUUCAACUUCAUUAUCUUGGCCAUCCAGUUAGUUGUGUGUAACUGAGUAUUAGAUUGCCUCCGCAGUCAUCAUGGCCAAUCGUAGGACCUACUUGCUCUCAGCAGGCCUGAGAAAUGAGUUGAAAUGUGCAGAACUGUAGAAACUUUAGGCAACUGAUUUUGCCUCUCCGAUCAGUGUGUGCCUGUUUACAGCACUAUAUAUCUUACUCUCUCCAAAUGUCACUGAGCCCUUUAGAUGUUUAUAUUCACCAUGAGAAGCCAGUCAUAAGGAUAAAGGAAAUUUGUGCAUUAUAAAUGCAAUAUCACUGUUUUAAAGUUGACUGUUUUAUAUUAUUUUUGUGUGAUCAAGUGUUCCCCAAGCUAUUCCAACUUUACAAGAAAGAUUGUGAUCAUGUUCUUUUCACCUGUGGGUUACAAAAAAAAAAAAAAAAUGUUGUAUUCUGAAGACCCACAAAUUAUCAAAGACAUUCUGUAGUUUAUACACCGUGUUGCAAAGUGUUUACUGUACUAUUUCAAAGCUUCUAAAUAAAUAUAAAAUAUAUAUAUUAUAUUAUAUAAUUUUCCUAAAAUGUGGUACAACUCAGUUGGUUUUUAAAUGGAUUCAUACAGUCCACAUCAUACAAUAAAGUAAAAAAAAAAAAAAAAGGGUAAUUCAGGGUCCCAAAGAUGAACUUACUAAGAAAAAAAUAAGCAUUAGUAGCUUCCUCCCGGUUUUCAUCUUAUUCAACCCUGUUUUUCCUUGUUUAAAAGAAAAAGAAGCUCUAAGCUACAAAAAUUUUGUCUAGAACUUGUACUGAAUUUUCAAUGCCAAAGAUAUAGCUGUCGAUGUUAUCAGAGAAGCACUGAACAUGUACUAUCAAAAUACCUAACAAUCUACAUUAUUUCGAUUCUAUUUCUAUGGCUUUGAAUUUAGAAUCAUUUAAAACUUUUAUAAAGACUCUAUAUAUUCAUCUGUAUUGGUUGUUAGAAGAAAAACACUGGGUGUCUGUACAUUUUGUGGUGUAAAAUAUGUUACUGAAGAUUACUAUUUUAAGAAGUCCUCAAUCAUAGAACUCACGCAGAAUUUUAUUUUACAUAGUUUUGCAUAGUUUUGUGACUUCAAAUAACACAUGCAUAUAAAAUCUAUUUAUAACUCUAUAUGAACAUAUAGAGAUAUAUAAAUCUCUGAACUGGUAAUGAAUAGCUAUAACAUAUAAAGAAUCUCUAAAUUUAAAGCAAAUUUAAUAAAUUUGGAGAUAGAAACAUGGUACAUUAUUGUUUCAGUAUUAUCCUACGUGUGAAAAUUUUAUAGCUUAAGUGUAGUCAGUGUUGUAUUAAUGAGAAAAUUCUUCAUGUGUCAGCUUGAAAACUGAAGCUUGCCUUUUACUUUAUGUCAAAAGGGUUAAUUACUAAAUUCAGUAGGAUACAUUUUGCCUCUAUAUAUAUAUCACUUUCUUCUACUGUUUAUUGCUUAUUGAAAUAUAAUUGAGAAAGAGAAAAAUUAGAGGAUGUGAGAAAAUCUUCUAAACAGGGAACAGAAUUUGUCACAGAUUCUCAUUAAACACACACACACACACACACACACACACACACACACACACACACACAACCUUCAGCAUUAUAACUAAAGCUUUGCCCAAUCUAAAUUACAGACCCACUUUGAAACAUUUCCCUUAACUUUUAACUGAUCUUAUUUUCAAUGGCAGUUUGAGCUAUGCUAUGUUAUAAAUGUUUUCCAACUCAUUUUAUGUCAUUUAAAUGGGAAUAGUUUCAUUAGAUUUAACAUUAAAAAGCAUACAUAUGUUCAUAGAUCCUUGAUGUGAAGAGUUGAGUGAUAUCUUAGUAUCACUUAUUUGUGUCAUUGAAUUAGAUAUUUAUGUCAAAAUCACAACCAGUUUAUAUAACAAAAUAAUGUGUGCAUUAUUCCAGUCUUUUGGGGACCCUUUAAAAAUAUAAAGUUAUUUCAUCAUAUAUGACACAAAAAGCACAUAUAUUCACUAAGUGCAGCAGUAAAAAUUUAUCAAAAAUUUGGCAUUACUACAUUAAUAUUUGGAAUGAUGGACUAUUAUAGUAAGACUAUGUUUCUAUAUAAUUUAACUUUUAAAAGUGUGUUUGAUAUAAUUGUUUUUUUAAGGAGAAAAUGAAUUUUUUUGUUGUUGUUGAACCACCUCGUUUUAAUUAAAAUUUUUCAUUUAUCAUUUUACAAUUAUGGGGGGAAACCCAAAUCUAUCUGCCUUAUUAUGUGCAUUGAAAAUAAGGUUAUACUCACUUUAUAUAUAAUGGCUAUAUAAUUCAUUUGACUUAUUUUUUCUUUAAUUAUUUAGCCCUUUCUAUCAUUGUAUGUAAUCUCUUUUGAACUAGCUUUUUAUAUCUGAUAUUUGUGCAUUAGUUUUUAAAUAUAUCAUAUUAAUCAGUAAUACUAAUUUUCAUUUUAUUAUAAUGCUACAGAAACAAAAACAACAAAACUUUUACCUAAUUGUGAGACAAAUAGAAUUAUUUAAACAUGACAUUCUAACUGACUAGGUUAUUAAUCAACUACUAUAUCCGGAAUAAGUAAGAAAUUACAACAGAAUAAGGUAUGAUUUUAGUACAUUUGGCUAAAAUGUCACAUAUUAAUGAAGGGGACUACUUAAUAGAAAAUGCAACCAACCAAUAAUUUAAGGUUUCCAAGUAAGCAUUUCUUAGAUUCACAUGCAAAGAAUUGUACAAUAGUUUUCUAUUAACUCUAGUCAUCCUAAUAUCAAAUUUUCAUAAUUUUAUAUAUAAUCACAUAAACAACAUUCAAAUUAUAACACAGUAUUUCAUCAAUAAUUUAUUUCAGAAAAGAAAAGUAUGAUAUUUACUCCUUGUUAACAUAGUUUUAGAGUAGUAAAAAGUCAAAACAUUUUCCUGUGGAAACAGUGUCUUAAUGUUUCAAUGGUAUGUCAAAUGACAACUUCUAGAAAUAUUUCAGCCACAUGUAAAAUCCUAAUUUUUAACUGUGAAUAUAAUUAUAUGAAAUCAUUUUAAGUCAAAUACUUAAAUAUCACAAUGGAAUUACUUUACAGAUACAGUGAUGUCUGUUUCAUUAAAAGUGAAUCAUCUCUUCGGGGAAGUGUUAAGGAAAUAUGUGUAUUUUAUUUUAUGACGAUAUUAAAUGCAAUGCCUUUAUCAAACAUUGCAAAUGAAGUAAUAGAGAAGAGUUCAAUAUCUUAAUUACUUGUUUUCCUGUUUUAUUUCUCAGUAGUUUUAUAACUUACUGUCAGAUCUUUUAUAAUAGAAAUAUCCUCCCACUUCUCCAAUAAGAAAUUGAGAAAAAAACAAAACACCUUCAAUAACUGCAUCAUAUUGAACCUUUUUACCUUGCAAAAGUUACUUCCUGGAGUAAAGUUCAUCCUUAAUACAAUUACUCAGUCCAAAUUUUUCAAAUGAUACUAAGCAGGAUAUAAAAAAUUAUUUAAGUUACUGACUACAAAUAACACAAAUAUUUGUCACUGCACGUGAUUUUUCUCUCCCCUCAUAUAUCUAUGUUUCCUUUAAUAUCCGAGGAACUAAAAAAAUACUUUAAACACUGGUAUACUUGAUGACUUCUCUGAAAAUUUUAUAUAGUUCAUAUUGCAAUUUCUUUACUUUUUUCAACUCCAAUUUUGUAGUGAUAAAGGCUUUGCACUUGACAUCAUGUUUAUGUUCAUUUUUAACAAGGAAAAACAGAAAAUGGCAAAAUCCCAUAUUUUUAUUCCAUGGAGUAGUCAAAUUAUUUUAUAUAUUGUUAACACUUAAGGAAUAGCCCUCUGCCAAGUCAAACAAAAACCUUAGACAGUAAUUUGUGAAAGUACUGUUCAGUAGAGUAUUUUUUUUUUAAUUCUAAAAAUUGGAGUAGAUUUUAGAGGAUAGCAUUCUGUGAGAACGCAGGUAGAUGGGUGCCGCUAGAGUAUUGCAGGCAAUAAUAUGACUUAAAUCCUAAUACCUUCGGUGUGCAUGCAUGUAUUUCUAAUCGCUGUUAUUUUUAAGUAUUUGUAAAGUUAGAAAACUGGCUUUUAUUUCUUGAAAACUUGUCACAUGCGUAGUUUGAAGUUUUACACUCCAGAUGUUUUUGAGUUGCGUGAAAAGGCUGCAUUAACGAUGCAAAAUGUUUUUAAAUUUUCACAUGAGACUCAAAAGCUUCUGAACGAUGGAACGCAGACGUCCAAUUCAUCUAUCCAUCCUUGAGCUGAAAGUACGCAGGGAAUUUCUGCUCUAAACACAUUUUUGAGACAGUUAUCUGUGAGUGAAAACAGGGUAUUAUAACAAAAGAUGAGUUUAAAUCUUAACUAUAGUGUUUGUUACUGUGAAUGCUAUAAUAAUACAUAAGUAAAAUGAGUGUAAAUGUAAUAUAUUAUUUUAUACUGCUGUAUACAUAUGAAAUAAAUAAAACUAGGAUACAUAUUAUACCAA